UGGGGCCGGAAGUGCGCUCCCGGGCGGGGGCUGUUCAUGGCGGUUCCGGGGUCUCCGGCUUUUUUCCCGGUUGCAGUCCUAGGUCUGGGGGCGGCAGGGGCUGCGGAGCUGGCGGUUCUUGCCGGUGUGAAAUGACUGAGUACAAACUGGUGGUGGUCGGAGCAGGUGGCGUCGGGAAGAGCGCGCUGACCAUCCAGCUCAUCCAGAACCACUUCGUGGAUGAAUAUGAUCCCACCAUAGAGGAUUCUUACCGAAAGCAGGUGGUGAUAGAUGGAGAAACCUGUCUGCUGGACAUCCUGGACACCGCUGGACAGGAGGAGUACAGCGCCAUGAGGGACCAGUACAUGAGGACAGGCGAGGGCUUCCUCUGCGUGUUUGCUAUCAAUAACAGCAAGUCAUUUGCAGACAUCAACCUGUACAGGGAGCAGAUUAAGCGAGUGAAGGACUCUGAGGAUGUGCCCAUGGUGCUGGUGGGGAACAAGUGUGACCUGCCCACAAGGACUGUUGACACAAAACAAGCCCACGAACUGGCCAAGAGCUACGGGAUCCCAUUCAUCGAAACCUCAGCCAAGACCAGACAGGGUGUUGAAGAUGCCUUUUACACCCUGGUGAGGGAAAUCCGCCAGUACCGAAUGAAAAAGCUCAACAGCAGUGAUGAUGGGACCCAGGGCUGCAUGGGCUUGCCUUGUGUGGUGAUGUAGCAAAUUCCCAUGUCUGUUGUUCACAAAGAGCCACUUUCAAGCCGCUGACCCCGGUCCUGACUCGGGAGGAGAAGACCCCAGUUGCUCUCUUCAUCUCAGAGAUACUCCUGCUGCCCCAACUGCUCCGGGUCUCACAGGAACCUCUCAGAACAGCUACCUCCUCACUUGGUCAUCUGACCAGAGAAGCGCGCCUCUGUUCCCUGGUAGUGUUCUGCCUUGGGCUUUCCCCACAAGACACAAACCAACUUGUGCCAGACAGGACUUCCCUGAGAAAAGCAGUUCGUGCUCUGAAACAAGCUGGCAGCAGCUCCUGGAGCUGUGGAGGAGUGGCUGGGGGCUUCCUCCCUACCCGGCCUCUCUUUUUUACUGUUGAACCCCUGUUAGUUUUUGGAGAAAUGUCAUAACUUACUGUUUUGCCAAGAAUCUAAUCAGUGUUGCUGAUUAAUUUGAUUGUAAUGUGAUCAGCUAUAUUCUACAAAUUGGCAUAAAUAUGCUCUGCUUUCACAAAUACAAGAGUGAAUAAUACUCUGACCUUGAGUCCACCCUAGUCUUCUUGACUUUCAUGAAAUUAAACCCAGCUUUCCCAAUAAAGUGCCUUUUUCCUAGAAGUGUUUGUAGACUAACCCCAGGACUUGCGCGGAGUGGUGUCCCCCAGCCCUGGAGGUGGCAGUGAACCUCUAACUACCCAGCUGGAGGAAAGGUCCCUUGCUAACAGUCACCUGUGGGAAGAUGUUCUCCCAAGGCUGAGUGGGCCUUUCCCAGGAGAGAGAGAAACUAGAAGCCAGUACAGGUGAUUUCACUCAGUGUUUAACCUCAUCACUUUUUCGUAGCUUAAUUAGAAAGUUUGUAGGGUUUUUUUUCCUUUCUCUUUUUUUUUGUUUUACUGAUAAUCUAAUAAUAACUUCCAUUUAUAAUGAAAUUUGGGUCACAGCAUUGAAGUAUUAGAAAAGUUUGAUGUGUUACUUUAUAGCUGUAAUCAGUGAUUUUCAAACCUCAAAUACAGUGUUACAUCUCCA